UGGGAGAGAUGCGGGAGAGAUUUUAAAAAAGAGGGGAAGCCAGAGGAGGGUGAAAAAUAGAGAGGAUGGAGAAAAAUUAAUUUUUGUAAAAAAAAAGAAACGUGAAUUUUUUUUUUAAUGUUAAUGGAUAUAGAUCUAUGUGAUUGACCAACUGAUUGGUCGAUUCAUUUAUUUAUUCAUGUAUUCGUGACAAAACUUUCCGAUUUCUUUGCUUUGCGAAUGUGGUGCGCGUAUUCAAUAUAUGCGCGCGUGUGACGUGUGUGCAUUCCUAGAUUUGCAUAACAAAUUGAUAAUAAUGGCGUUGGCGAACAAAGUAGACAACGGAAUUCUGACAUCGAUUUCCCAGGCAACAACACAAGAUAUGACAGACAAAGGGAACGGCAUUAGAGAAUUGUUUGAAAAUACAUCUUCACGAACCGGAAUGCCCGAAUCCAUUUGGUCAUGUGGAGAUUUAAAUUCAGAGCAGCACGACGAGAGCAAGAAGUUCAUGCUUUCAGGAGAGCCCAUAUCAAAAACAUUGCAGGACAUGCCUGCUACAAGCUAUGGGAUGCCAGACGGGAAGAGCAGUGAAGGGGAAUUUGAUUACCAGAAAGAAAUGCAGGGCUUAGAAAAGCUCUCUGCCGAGUUGGACUCUGUCAGACAGCAACUCAUGGCUGACAUCUUACGUUGUCAACUCUUGCAAGUGGACCUGGCUACCCAAUUCAACCCAGGACUUGUUCAACAGAUGAGAUCCUCCAAACUCUCAUGUGAGAAAUGUGAGGAUAUUUUGGAUGACUCAUUUGAUGCUGAAGUGAAGAACUGAAAGAAACAUGUAGACUUUCACAUUGGACUAACAUAGUAGCCUUGGAGUGAAGUUUAGUCCUGUAAAUGCUUCUGAUAAGAUGUGCACUUUGGAUAUAUGAACACAUUUGUUACUGUACAAUAUACAUGCAUUUAUAGAAAUGUAAUAAUCAUCAUUUUGUUGGUUGACCUUCUAAUUUAAAAUUUGAAUUAUAUGUUGCAAAUAUGUAUGAUUACCUCAUAUCAUAUUUCUAUUACUGAUUUGAUCUUGUUUUUCUUUUCUGUUUCUUCUUCUCAAAUCAAUAAUUUUACUCAAAGAUUGCACCGGUAUUCAUGUAGUGUGAUAAGUGUUUUCCUUGUUCAAAGAAAAUUGUACAUAGAAUAAGAAUAUAUGGUAAUUUUGUACUUUACUAGCUUAGUGCAUCGAGUUGGUAGAGUGAAACUUCACCAAUACCCCCCCCCCCCCCUGAAUAGCCAUACUGUAGUAUGAUCUCAGUCUCAAAAUGUUAAGAACUGAAUUGAAGAAAAAUUAUGUGUAACAAUACUGAGGUAAUAUUCUUGUUCUCACAACUCCUGAUGUGCCCUGUCCCAACUUUCUCAUAAAUGUACUGAUGAAUAUGCUGAUAAACUAUACUGUAUGUUGAAUCCUGCAGAUUCAGUAUUCUGCACUAUGGUCAAAGCAUUGUUAUAGCAGGGUCAAGGCAUGGUCAAGGCAUGGUCAGGGCAAAGGACAUCAAUAUUUUGGCUCUUAAUCAUAUUUGCUGCUGGCUUUAUUUCAUCAAAGAUUUAAGUGUAGUCUAGGGUUGGGGUUGCAAUUGGGAUAUGGUAGGAUCAGGUAUAGUGUUAAGUUUCAGGAUGAAGUUAGAUAUUUGUUGCAAAAUGUGUGAUAAAAUAAACCUCAAUGUAGAGUUAUGAAGGAAAAUACUUUCUCUCUACUUGUCAUAAACUAAAUUAUAUUUGUUUCUUUGGUUCACCAACAUUCCACGUUGGUGUGAAGAUUCAGAUACCUCGCUAAGAGCCAGAAGAGUAUUAAAAGGCAAUCCAACCCUUGUUAUAAGUAGAUAUACAUGUAUGAAAGAAAAAUAACAGAAACAGAAUGGCAAAAGUUUGCAAUAAAUCAGACAAUUAGUAAGAAAGUGGAUUGUGACGUAGGACGUGGAUAAAUCUCCCAUUUGCAGUCUAAAAAAUAUCAUUAAUUUCUAUUUUUCUCAAAAGUUCCUUCUCCCUUGAGGCUCUACCAGUACUCAGAAUAUAUUGUAGAUAGCAUAUUAUUAUAGGUCCUCUAAAAAGAAUAGACCCUCUUGAGCCAUGAAAUUUUUGAAAAAUUUAAAUUGUAGUCAUUUUAUAUGAUGGAACA